AUGAUCAUGGAUACACCCAAGCCCAAGACGGAUAUUGCACCUAAGAAACGCAAGCGGAGCAGAAGCAGAUCCCUCACCCCUCCGCCAGAACUUCCUGUGCAUCGUCUCAUGAACGCCCGGAACGUGGUUCGUCAAGCCUUGCAAGCCGGAGGCCGGGCGCCUUCCCCAACGUUCGUCGGCGAUGACUCUACGGACACAAUCGUACUCGACCCCGAAUUGCUCAAGAUCGCCGAAGAGGUUAAGAAGCGCACAGGCCCCUCGACAUUGAUAAACCAGAAUCGUGGGCCGGAAGAUGUUAUUAUGAGGGUGAAGUGGCAGCCACACCCAUUGGACGAGGCAGCUAGAUCUGAGACAUGGGCGUACAAAAUGAAACGGCAAUCCAACUUCAUAGAGCUCUUUGACGAAGUAGCGGAUGCAGCGACGGUCCUUGUAGAUCGCCUUUUCAUUACUUAUGAGGGCAAGAGGAUCUACUCCUCCGCAACCCCGCAUAACCUCAAGGUAUGGGCUGAGGGAGAACUCGAGGCUUGCGAGCAAGCAACCUAUGAGUACCUCCGGACGCAUCGGCACCAGCCCACGCCGCCUACCCGACAGCCCGAAGCCGCGGCGCGCUCUCCUUCAGCAGCACCUCUCGAGUCUGACGCGGAAUCCGAUGCUGGCUCUCAGACUGACGACAAAUUCAGACUCAUCCUUCGGUCGAGUGCCACCAAGGACAUUACCCUGACGGUGCGACCCACCACCACCUGUGGUGCUAUCGUGAAAGCAUUCCUCAAGAAGGCCGGUCUGUCCGACAGAUCUGUACCGAGUUCAGCCAAGGGCCCGAAAAAGAAGACGGCUAGUGUCCCUCACCUCGUUAUCGAUGGUGACAAAAUGCUGCCAGACACGGCCAUUGGGGAUGCUGAUCUCGAGGACGGAGACCAGGUUGAGGUUGUUGGCUUGUGA